ACACAGAUCAAAGCCCAACAUCAGCACAGGACUUUAAACUGGUCCUGUUCAAACAGACUGGAGAGAAAACACAUCCAAAGUCCAGCAGAGCGCUGAUCGGGCCUGACUUCAUCCAGCUGUGAGUAUCUCUGCAGGAAACAGUUCUGUUCAAGAACGAGAGUUAGAUCAGAGCCCUCUGUGAACACUUUCAUCAGAUCUCUGACUCAAACUACUGACAGAUUCUGACCACCAUGGAGCUGUCGCCCCCACCCCCAGGUCUACAAGCUGAGUACUCAACACUKUUCACUUCUGGCUCCCUCCAGUUCCUGCAGGAGCUGAUCUCCACCUUCGAUGAGCAGGUGGACCAGAUCUUGCAGCUGAGAGUUUCCAGAAAGGCUCAACUGGAUCUUUCAGGUGACUUGCCAAACUUCUUGGAAGCCACUGAACACAUCCGGUCUGACCCGACCUGGAGGGUGCUCCCCGUGCCCCCCAGGCUCCAGAGAAGGCAUGUGGACAUCGGAGACAUGGCCCCCUGUGAUACUGAGCGCUUCRUUCUGGCUCUGCAGUCCUCAGCACAAGGCAUACAGGUUGACUUUGAUGAUGGAAACUGCCCGUCCUUCUACAACCAGAUCAAAGGUCUUCAUAACGUCCUGCAGGCAGUGAGCAGCCAGCUCCCUGGUGUUCCCCACAUUUCUCAGGCUCCAGUGCUGAUGCUGCGUCCCCGUGCCUGGAACAUGGUGGAGAACAACAUGAUGGUGGAGGGAAAGGAGGCUCCUGGUCCUCUGUUUGACUUUGGACUCCUCAUGUUUCACUGUGGAAAGGUUCUGUUUGAACAUCAGAGUGGACCUUUUUUCUAUCUGUCAAAGGUGGAGAGCUUCAUGGAGGCCAGACUCUGGAACAAGAUUUUCAUCUGGACACAAGAAAAGGUCACCGUGAAGACUUCCUGCUGCCCGACCGCAGCAAAUACGUCAACAUGGAGAAGCGCUUCCUGCGCAGCUACAUGGACCUGCUGGUUCAGACGUGCCAUCGUCGGGGGGCAYUGGCCACUGGAGGCAUGGCUGCCCCCCUGCUGCCCCCCAGCCCCGACACAGACUCCUACAGGAGGGUGUUGGCYUCUGUGACCAGACUGAAGAUGUUGGAAAUCAAUGCAGGUGUGGACGGUUUCAUGGUGUAUGACCUGAAUCUGAUUAAACCAAUGCAAGAACUCUUUCAGACCCACACUGAAGGUAAGAACCAACUUCACCGGCUUCGAGAUGAUGUCAGAGUGACUCCUGAAGACCUGCUGUGCAUGCCCUCAGGUGGGGUCACCCUUUAUGGUUUGAAGUAUAACAUUGCAGUGGGCAUCCUCUUCAUUAACGCAUGGUUAUCAGGGAAGGGACACUUUUUCUACAGAGGCCAGGUAGAAGAUUCAGCCACUGCAGAGAUUUCCAGAUCCCAGGUGUGGCAGUGGAUACGUCAUCAGGCUCGAUUGGAGGAUGACAGCAGGGUGGUGAGCAGACAGCUGGUGACGGAUCUGACCCAGGAGCUCAUGGCUGAGCUUGGUCCGUUCUGUCACUCUGUUGGGUCCAAACACAGGUUACACACAGCAGCAGACAUGUUCCUGGAGAUUGUCCAGAAGAGACACUUCCCAGAGUUCAUCACGUCUUACUUAAAUCAGGAUCACACUUUCCUCAGCUCCCAGAAACCAGGACAGGACAGGACUCUGGAACCAGACAUCCUGUCCAAACUGUAAACUGAGGCCUGUCUCCUGCCACUUGUCCCAAUAAAUACAUGUAUAAAUAAAUGUCCUUCUAAUCUCA